CGCCUCCGUUGUAGAAUCCCACCCACCUCAGACUUCCAGCUCUAGUGUUCUCUUCCCUGAGAAAAUUCCUGUAGGAAGACCGACGAGGGACCACAUUUUGGCACUGUUUUCAGUAAGGGUGAAAAUAACGACACAUGAAGAACUAACGAUUAGUAAUUUCAAGGCAUCUUUAAGGACCCAAAUUUGUGCAGCUGAUGGCUUCCUGAUCCCUUCUCCCCGCCUGGUCUCUGCUCUUUAGGCUGCAGUCCUCUUCGCCUGGCAGAGCCAUCGGCUCGGUGAUGAACCACACACCCAGCCCCCACAUGGCCGAGGCCGGAAAGUCUGGGUCGGGGCUCUUGUGUGGCCUGGGUCUGGGUCCCGACCGGGUGCGCUCCCCGGACAGCCUCACCCACACGCCCAGCCCCUCGGGGGGCACCCCCAGCUCCAGCCCGCCCCUGCUGCUCUCACCAGGCCUGGGCUGCGAGGGCCUGAGCAUGGCUAGCCUGAGCGCCGGCGGCGACUGGGAGAGCCGCGAGGAGCUGCGGCUGCGCGAGCUAGAGGAGGCGCGGGCGCGCGCCGCCCAGAUGGAGAAGACCAUGCGCUGGUGGUCGGACUGCACAGCCAACUGGCGCGAGAAGUGGAGCAAGGUGCGCGCCGAGCGCAACCGGGCACGUGACGAAGUGAGGCAGCUGCGGCAGCGUCUGGACGCGCUCACCAAGGAGCUGACGGGCGCCCGGCGCGAGCGGCAGGAGCUGGCCGCCGAGAACGAGCAGCUGCGCCAGGAGACCCAGAGGCUCCGCCCCGAGCACGGCUGCGCCGCCAGCGCCUCCUCCUCUUCCUCCUCGUCCUCCUCCCCACCUGUCGCUCCCGACAGCAAAAGCCCCGGAGCAGGGGAGGGGCCUGGCUCUCCUGAGCAGGAGCCUGUCAGAGACAUCAGCAGCGACAAGCCAGAACACAAGAAGGAGCUUGAGCUGCUGGAGGCUCUGCUGCGCUGUAAGGCUGACGCUCUGGAGGGCUGGGACGCGCGGAGCGUGAGCAGCCUGCGCUCGGCGCUGAGCCGGCAGGAGCGUGGCGGGGGCCGCCUGCAGCUGUGGGACGAGCUGUGCCCCCCGGAGGAGGAGCCCGGACGCAUCAACGCCUUGCAGCUGCGCCUGGACGAGUCCCAGAAGGUCCUGCUCAAGGAGAGAGAAGACAAACACGCUCUCAGCAAGAGCAUUGAGAAGCUGGAGACUGAGCUGAGCCAGUGGAAACUCAAAUAUGAGGAGCUGAACAAGACCAAGCAUGAGGCCUUCAAACAGCUCAACAUGCUGAAGGAGGUGCACCAGGACGAGCUGGGCCGCAUGUCGGAGGACCUGGAGGACGAACUGGGGGCGCGCAGCAGCAUGGACAAGAAGCUGGCCGAGCUCCGUGCAGAGAUGGAGCGUCUGCAGGUGGAGAACGCCGCUGAGUGGGGUCGGCGCGAGCGUCUGGAGACGGAGAAGCUGGCGCUGGAGCGCGACAACAAGAAGCUGCGCGCCCAGAUGGAGGACCUGGAGGAGCAGCUGGCCCGUAAGCGCCGGCAGGCCGCCACUGCCCUCGACUCUGACCUCAAGAGCAUCCAGAACGAGCUGUUCGAGAGGAACAAGGAACUGGCUGACCUGCGCCACAUUCACACCAAGCUGAAGAAGCAGUACCAGGAGAAGAUGGCUGAACUGGCCCACGCCAACCGGCGAGUGGAGCAGCACGAGACGGAGGUGAAAAAACUGAGGCUGCGCGUGGAGGAGCUCAAGAAAGAGCUGGGCCAGGCUGAAGAUGAGCUGGAUGAAGCCCAUAACCAGAGCAGAAAGCUCCAGCGGUCCCUCGAUGAGCAGGUGGAGCAGACUGAGAACCUCCAGGUCCAGUUGGAACAUCUGCAGUCCAGGCUGCGGCGGCAGCAGAGUCCAGGGCUGUUUGGGAAGAUGAGAACGUCGUCCUCGGCCCGGUUCAGCUCGGACAACCCCGACAGACCACCCAGCGACCAGGACGACGAUGAGGAAGAGGAGCUGCAGAUCCAGAUCCCCUGAGAACCAAGAACCCGGAGUUCUCUCAGAGUGAGACAACAAGUCCCCUCAGUACUUAAGACUGAUAACACCCAGCUUUGUACUUUCGGCUCCUCGCCAGGACUUUUUGGUCAGGCUGUCAGACAGACAGACAGAGAGAGAGAGAGACAGGCGGACAGACGGGCAGACGGGAAUGUGUGGACUCCGAACGGACUGGUUGAUGACCUCGCAACUUACUGCCUUUUGAAGCUGUCGCACUGUCUCCACACAGCUGGCUCACCCCCAACCCCCAGCUGGAGGACCAAAGGAGCUGGAUACUGAGUGAUCAGCAGGACUGUGAAGGUCGUCAGUCUCCCUGCCCACCACCACCAGCACUAUACCUACAUCUACUGUACUGUCUCCUUUGACCCCCCCUCCGGCUCUCUGCGUUCUUUCUUUCCCCUGUGGUUAAGUGAGCGGUCCCCUUCACAAUUAUCUUUAUACCCUGACAUUCUGUGCUCUGACUCUCAUUCCAUCACCUCAAGCCAUAUUACCAUCUCUUCGUCCUCCUCGCCUUCCUCUUCCACCUUCACGUCAUCCGUCCCUAGAUCCAUUCCCUUCACCUGCUGAUAUGUCCAGGCUUGCUAAAGUCCUGGAGGCCAUGCUGAUCAAGGCUAUGUGCUAAUGCUGGGCAUUGCAGUCAUGCUGUACAGUCUCAGUAUGUGUAAUGUGAGCUCAAUGUGAAGGCCUUGGAGCAUCUUCAGAGCCAGUGUUUUUUUCUCAUUUUUUUUCCUCAUUACAGCAGGGGUCCCUGUGUGUGUUCGUGUUUUGCUGUUGUGCUGGGGGAAAGGUACCUUGGUGACAGUUAAUUCAAACAAUCAAUCAAACAUACCCUCCCUAAACCGUACACACACACACACACACACACACACUCUCACACAUACAGUCACACACA